AUGGCGAGUAUGAGGGCAUUCCGAACACUAGCCCGCCCUGCGGGUCGUCUACUUCCAAGACCAGCUACAAGACCGGUAGCCGUAGCGCCAGCAUGUCCCCAGAUCCCCACGGCACCGCCGGUAAUAGCGCUUCAGCGCCACCGGCAUUACGCAACAACCUCAAAUAAGCACCCACAGGGCUUCGAGCCGCCCUCGGCCGGCGACCUGGCCGAGCUGCGCGAGCGCGUGCAGGAGUUCGCGCGGCGCGAGAUCCCCGAGGAGGUGGCCGCGCGCACGGACCGGAGCAACGCGUUCCCCAACGACAUGUGGCCGAAGCUGGGCGAGGCCGGCUUCCUGGGCAUGACGGCCGACGACGAGUUCGGCGGCGUCGCGCUGGGCUACCAGGCGCACUGCGUCGUCAUGGAGGAGAUCUCGCGCGCGAGCGGCAGCAUCGGCCUCAGCUACGCCGCCCACUCGCAGCUGUGCGUCAACCAGCUGCAGCUCAACGGCAGCCCGGAGCAGAAGGCGAAGUACCUGCCGGGGCUGAUCGCGGGGACUAAAAUAGGGGCGCUGGCCAUGUCCGAGUCGGGCGCUGGGAGUGACGUCGUGAGCAUGCGCUCAACAGCGAAGAGGGUCGAUGGUGGAUACGUCCUUGAUGGCACCAAGAUGUGGAUCACGAACGGGCCGGACGCCGAUGUUGUGGUUGUGUAUGCCAAGACGGAGCCUGAGAAGGGGUCCAAGGGCAUCACGGCAUUCAUCGUACAGACAGAGUCUGAAGGCUUCAGCUGCGCGCGGAAGCUCGACAAGAUGGGCAUGAGAGGCAGCAACACAGGCGAAUUGGUAUUCGAGGGCGUCUUCGUCCCGGAGGAGAACGUGCUGGGUAACGUCAACGGAGGAGUCCGCGUCCUGAUGGAAGGCCUCGACCUUGAGCGGCUGGUCCUCAGUGCUGGCCCCUUGGGUAUCAUGCAAGCGGCACUCGACGUUGCGUUACCCUUCUCGCACCAGAGGAAGCAGUUUGGCGCGCCCAUCGCACACAACCAAUUUGUACAAGGAAAGCUGGCCAAUAUGUACACCAAGCUGCAGGCGUCAAAGGCGUACACUUACGCCACGGCGAAGGCAGUAGAUGAGGAGGGUGAGAUCAGGACACAGGACUGCGCAGGCGCUAUUCUUUAUGCCGCAGAGCGAGCCACCGAGUGUUCGUUAGACUGUAUACAGCUUCUGGGCGGCAUGGGCUACGUGGAGGAGAUGCCUGCUUCGAGGUUAUUGAGAGACGCCAAGUUGUACGAAAUAGGUGCCGGGACAUCGGAGAUUCGUCGCAUGGUAAUUGGUAGGGCGUUCAACAAGGAGUAUGCCCGUCUCGGUGCAUGA